CUUUCUGGGCUCCCGGCGUGGCCUGCGUCAAAGCGCAACCCGCUGUGAGGGCGCUGGGGUUUAGUUUCGGGACGGACCGGAAGAGCGUGGGGACGACAGUUGUGUCCGGCGGUGGAGCGAGCGGAACCGUCACGCCAUGUUCCUGGCACGCCUGGCCGCCCGGCUGGUCAGGGCCGUUCCCACGGCAGGUUACAGCCGCCCCUGGCCCACGGCCUGCCUGAGCCGGGCCGCCUCGGUCCCCGUGCCGGGCAGGGUGGCCCCACCGCCGCCGCUGGAGAUGCUGGUGCCCCGGAAGAUGGCCAUCAGCCCCCUGGAGAGCUGGCUCACGGCCCGCUACCUCCUGGGCAGCCUCGCCCCGACCCCCGAGUGCCCGCCAGAGCCCCCGGCGGCCCCCGCCAUGCGCUGCAAGAGCGUGCUCAAGAUCCGACGGCGCAAGAUGAACCACCACAAGUACCGCAAGCUGGUGAAGCGCACGCGCUUCCUGCGCCGCAGGGUGCGCGAGGGCCGGCUCAGGCGCAAGCAGGAGCGCUUCGAGAAGGACCUGAGGCGCAUCUGGCUGAAGGCCGGCCUGAAAGAAGCCCCCGAGGGCUGGCAGACCCCCAAAAUCUACCUGAAGAGCAAGUGAGCUGCACACCCUCUCUCCCUGCCCUUGCCCUUGGCAAUAAACUCGGACCGGCGCCCC